GGAGCGACCAUCAGCAUGCGUUCUGGCGUGGCGGGCACUCCAUCAGCCCCCAAGAACUCCCCAUCGGAUCCAGCCACAAUCAUGGUGUCGGCGGAGUCCUCAGCUACCACCACUAAUGGGGAGGCCACGGCUGUCCCAAAUGGGUUCCGCGCCCCGUCCAUCACGAUCCUCCACUUCAACGAUGUGUAUAACGUGGAAGAGCAGCCCACCGAACCCAAGGCCGGGGCUGCGAGGUUCAAAACAGCCCUCAAGAGUCAUGCCGAGAAGGACCCGCUCAUCCUCUUCAGCGGGGACAUCCUGGCGCCGUCCAUUAUGAGUUCGUUCACCAAAGGAGAGCAAAUGGUGCCCGUCAUGAACCAGUUUGGGAUUCACUGUGCAGUGUUUGGCAAUCAUGACUUUGACUUUGGACUGGAAAGACUCGUGGAUGUGGCUGAGAGGACCACUUUUCCUUGGCUCAUGAGCAACGUGGAAGACAACGAGACUGGCAAACCCUUGGCUGGCGGCAUCCUCACACACACAGUCAACUGGCACGGCUGGAAGCUUGGGCUGAUUGGCUUGGUGGAGCAGGAGUGGCUGGCAACGUUAGCAACCAUAAAUGCCGAUGAAGUCACAUUUACAGACUAUGUGGACAGAGGCAGAGAACUUGCAACAUCACUCAAGAAUGAGGGUUGUGACUACGUGAUCGCUCUAACUCAUAUGCGAACACCCAAUGACAUUAGACUCGCCGAAAAUGUGGAAGAAAUUGACCUCAUUUUAGGAGGUCAUGACCAUGUUUAUGAGGAAGUAAAGAUAAAUGGUAAGAUCAUCCUCAAAAGUGGGACUGACUUCAGGGAGUUUUCUGCACUGACCCUCACCCAAGAGGGUGAGGAGGUGAAUGUGGACAUCAAGAAGGUGGUGGUGGACUCCUCCUUUGAGCUGGAUCCUGAACUGAAGGAAACUUUGACAGAGUUUGAGGAUGUAGUAGGGAAGAAGAUGGAUGAAGUUCUAGGCAACUUCAGUGUCGAGCUAGAUGGGAGAUUUUCAUCAAUAAGAACCUCCGAGACCAACCUUGGCAACUUUAUCUGUGAUAUCAUAAUGGCGGCUUGCAACGGUGAUGUGGCGCUGCUCAACUCGGGAACACUGAGGUCUGACAGAAUUCACCCCAGAGGAGACUUCAAGAUGAGAGAUCUCAUGACCAUCUUACCAAUGCUGGACCCACUACUUGUCCUGGAAAUCACAGGCGAGAAGCUGGUGCAAGCCCUGGAGAACGGAGUCUCCCAGUACCCCAAACUGGAGGGCCGCUUCCCACAGGUGGCUGGUGUGCAGUUUGUGUUUGAUCCCAAAGCUGAACCAGGGUCACGGAUAAUUAGGGAUUUAGUCAAGGUUGGGGACGAGUACCUUAACCCUGACAUGAAAUACCGCCUGGUGACCAAGGCCUACAUGCAUCAGGGUCGCGAUGGCUACAACAUGCUGAUUGAAUGCCCUGUCCUGCAAGAUGAAGAGCAAUGUCCCAUGAUGUCCACGGCUGUCCAGAAUCACUUCACUUCCAUCCAGACUCUCCAAGGCAGAACACGCCGCAACUCAACACACAGACAGUCUCUUGUGCUGCUCUCCAGAAGACACAGUCUCAUACGUAACGAUGAUGAGAUCCCUGCUGCAGCACGCACCAAAGGACACGCACGUCUCGGCCGCUCAGUAUCCACAGAUUCGGCACUCUCCACCGGUUCCUCAAGUUCCUUGUCCUCUGUCACAAGCAAGAGAUCUCGAGGCAGUUUAUCCCGGCAAGAAAGCUUCCAUGAGCUGGAGAACUUGGCGUGCAAACUAGCACCAAAAGUGGAGGGCAGGAUAGUAGUGGCCACAGAUGAGGUACUAGAAGAGAUGUCUAUAAAGCGAGCCAUGCACAGCGUGUCGGUCAUUGAGGAGGAAGAAGGCAGGCCACAAACACCCUCGUCUCCCAAGAACAAACCGCCAGUCCUUAACUAGGAAGCUACUGCUGCACUUUUCUCUCCCUCAUAGGUCUGACUGCUGUGUCCAUAGCAAGUUCCAAGGACAAUGUAUAUGUAUGAACAGCUGCCUGUACUUGCAGCCACAUAACUUUUCACUCAGUAAUUGUCAGAAAGUUGGUGCUUUUUUCUUUUAUCUUAUACAAACAAAGGAGUAUGCUGGCCUGGACAGUAAAUGUAUACGUAUUCAAAUACUGUGGCAAGUUAUAUUCUGAAAGAUAUACAUUACUAUUCAGUAUUUUAGGUAAGUAUUACAACAUGCACAAUUAUGUUUACCUGAAAAAUCUUAAUUUAUUGUUACUUUUGCUGUUACUGUACAUGCAGUAUUACACUGAACCCUCAAUAAUCCAGGUUUGAGGUUUUUUUUCUCUUUACAACUAGAUUUAUUUCUCCUAAAACUUGUAUGAGUAAAGGAGACAGUGCAAGAGAUAAAAAAAAUAAUGUCUAUACCAUGCUGCUCCUACUGAAACCUCAAAUUUCAUUCCAGUUCAAAAAAAAAAAAUUCAUAUUCUUCUCUUGAAAUCAGAACUUAAUAAUAAUAAAUGCUGCAAUUGUAACUAUUAAGCUGACCUGUGAAACUUCAGCUGUCCCUGAAGCACAAGCCUGAUCUGCGAUAAUUUGUAACUAGUUUAUGGAACUCCAAAUGCUUUAAAAUGUUGAGGAGAUGGAUUUCAUACUUCUAUGCAAUGUUAUUGUACAAUUCUGCUUCCAAACCUUAUAUGAGAUGGAUAUAAUUAACCCGGUUGCAGCGGGGAUCAUGUUUCUUAAUGGUCCCUCCAAGUGAGAAAAAUUAGAAAAAUCACCCCUCACACAAACCAUUUCAUAAUAUAUAUCAAAGCAUUUGUGAUCAGAUUAUUUAUCAUCUAUUUUGGGGGGUUUAUAUCAUGGCACAAAUUUGGCUCGUCACUGCUACACGGUAAAGCCAUAAAUUUGGCCCAUUGCUGCUACUGGGUUAAAAAAAGGUUAUAAUUUUGUGAGAUUUAUAUCACCGAAAACCAAGUUAAUAAUAUUGAAGGUUCAGUGUAUUACUUUAAAUUUGCACUUACCUUGAACUGCAUUGACUUGGAUACAUGUUGGAGCAGUUGAGUUUCUGUAAGAUGUGAUUUUUAUGUUAAAUAUGCAUUUUUAUGUUACAUAUGCAAAAAUUAGCAACUCCUUAAGAUUGUUCAAUGUUGUACUUUUAGAAUAAAUAAAUACCUAACCUCACAAAAAAAACUCUGCCAAAGUUAAAUUCUAUGCAGUUUUACCCAUCCCAUAUGUAAGGGGAAAGUUUGUGGGCCAGUUUCACAAUACAACACACUGACUAAUAUCAAAAGCACAUACCUCUGUACGAUUAUUACUUUACUACAAAGCACCAAUGACUACAUUUUUUGUAUAGCAUAAAGUUUGUUAUUUAAACUAAUACUCAGCCAAACUUAUCCAUGAUGGGCACCACUUACUGUUAAGCUUGUAGCUGAACCUUGCACUAAACCAUCAGCCUUCUUUGCCUGUUGCAUUUUCUUGCCACUAGAAGAGUUUUCCCUCCUGGCAACAGCAUGGGCUGGAUGUUAUCAGUCACCACUGGUUGUGCCCUGUAAUGCGGUGUUGGUAAAAGAAUUUAAAUUUUCUCAACAGAAUUGUCCUAAGCUGUCUUUUGCUACAGCUUUGUCCACAGGGACAGUCCUACUAUUAAGUGGUUAAUAACCCUAGACAGAACCCAUUAUUCCUGAAUAUUUUAAUCUUUGGCAGUACACCUACUUAUGGUGUAUGGAUGGCAAGUGAGUGAAGUGACACCCCCCAGGUGUAUGCUCCCUGUUAGUUAGUUAGUACACCUAUUUUAUAAGUAAUUAUUUAUGACCAGUUACUUUCAUAUUUUACAUUACUGUACAUGCAUCCUAGUAUUUUCUUAAACUUAACAUGUAUUUGAGAACAAGUAUUGCAAGUUGUUGUUGUGAUGAAGUCCGUGGAAGAUAAUUGCCUAGUAUUGAGUGGAUGUAAAAAGGAAUAUAUGCAUAUUUUUUCUAUAAAAGGAUUUUUAAUGCACUACAGAAGACACUGAAAGACAAAGAUCAAUCUUUGUUACAGAGGCAUCUUUAUAUUCCCCUCUUAUGUAGGAUAAUGAGAGUACUGGACGAGAUGAAAGUAUUCACACUAAUGACAACAUAACUGUAAAUAUUAAAAUUUAUUCCACAUACUAUACUGAACGGAGUCUCUAGGACAAACCAUAGGAAUCAUUUUUGUCAUAUAUGCAAUAUUUAUGCUUCUUAGUGGACAAUUGAACAUAGCAAUAACUUUACCCUUGAAGUGCUGCUGUAUGGCAUUCUAGCCAACCCCAUGAGACACAUUCAUGCAAAAUCUUUACCAAGUGCUCUUUAUUGACCUUAUGAGACUAAAUUGCUUCACUACCCUUAAGUAAGAUAUUAUUUACUAAUAGAAUAAGAAGUUCUGCACUGUUCCCAUCCUCUCCUAAGGGCCACUUCCACACACUGUAGGCGUCCAAACGAAACAACUCCCAAAGUGUUAGGUUCUCUAAAGAGCACCCAAGACUAAACAUGUUUUGCAUAGUAUCCAUUUUUGUUAGCUUCUCUAUAAGCACCAAAUACAAUAUAAGAAGCUCCUGUAAUCUUUUGUGUUUAGUAGAAAACCAAACAAACUUGGAGAGUUGUUUGGUUUGAGCAAUUACUAAACACUGAUUUCACAGUCACUUCCUUUUGUCGUGGUCAUCACCAAUGAGCAGUGAUCACCACCACCACCAUGAAAUCUGAUUUCACAGUCGUCUUUAGCAGUGUUGGUUGACUGCAUUGAUACCAGAGAAUGGAACCUUUAAUAAUACACCUCUAGAAGCUGGAGACUUCCACAACAGAGCUUACCUAUGCAGUUUAUUAGCAAAUAACUCAAAUUCUUGCUCUCAUAUGGUUAUAUUAUGUCUUUAAAUAAAUUAAAAAUUAUUAAACAAUAUAACAUGUUACAGAGCUUUAAUGGUACUAUGAAUUUUUUUAAAGAAUUUGGAUGACGACAUGAACUUGCUUCACCAGCCGACGUUGAGAGCUUCCAUACCUGUUCCUAUUAUUUCACCUGUUAUGCCUCCUUGGUCAAACUCUUGUAAUACUCUAGAUAUGUAUGCAUAGGGCAUACAUACUGUGUAAUCGGCCCUAUUAUAUGUAAAGGAUGUGAAAAAUGAAAUUAAUGCUAAAUGUGAAAAUAAAUGACUAAUAAAUGUGGUCUGCUAAAUAAGUGUGACAAGUAAAUGAAAAGGAUAACUGCGAUGAAUAAAUGUGGAGAGUUAGUCUCGCUGAAGAACACCGCUCAAAUCUGCUAAAUAACACCAAAAAUAUUUCCCGACUUCUGCACUUCGGAAAAAUUACUUUAUUCUGCAGACAAAGUAAUACUUUCAGGGGUGUAGAAACUAAAAAAUAUUUGGGAUACUACUUAGCAGUGUACUUCAGUGAAACAAACUCUACAUUUAUUCAUCACAUCUAUUCCUUACAAUUAAUUAUUACAUUUAUUCUUCAUAUUUAUUAUUAUUUGCAUUUAUUUUUCCACAUUUACCUCCAAGAUUUAUUGUUCACAGUCAUCUUCUCAGCUGAUGCAAUGUUUGUAUUUCCUGCUGCUUUGGCAUGCCAACAGUACUGAAUCCUUUCUCUUGUUCUCACUGUCACCUGAUUGAGGAUCUCGGAGACCACAAAAACAACUGUGAAAUCAGAUCAAGGUGUUGGUAAUGCCAUGUUGGUAAGCCCUUUGGUUAGGGAGAGUACCCAAGGACUGUGAAAUUGGCUCCAUGUCACUGGGAGUGGCCCUCAGUCUGACUGUGAUAGUGAAUGCCUUGCAAACUACAAAUCCUGUCCUACUUUCCCACUCUGAUAAAUAUUGUCAUUUCCACGGCAUGAGCCUUGGAGAGACGAGGCAGGAUCAACAGCAUCAGAACUCACCGAAUCAAAAGAGUAAAUGCAACAGAUGGUUAAAGCAGUAGUGUUAACAGAAUGGCAGAGCACAAUCCAUCCCCAUCCAUAGACGGGAUCCAAUGCCUUGCACUUCCCAUCCAAAGAUGGUUACUAGGCCUGUCAGCACAGUCUGAUUUAUCCCUUCCCACUUCUUAAACAGAAAACUGUGAGCCCUGGAUGUCUGAAACUUCAGGUUCAGACACACUCCCAGCACUUGAAGGGUUAAAGAGAAUAUACAAUUUCCCUUUUAAUAGAUUAUUGAAUGCAGUUUGACUAUAGUGUGAAUGAGCUUAUUUUUUUACUUACUUUGAAAAUAUCCUGCCUAAAUGUUAAUUGUAAUGUCUUAUUUUAAAAGUGUCUUGCCUUGUAUUUAUUGUGAUGUAAUCACUUCUUACUACAGAAGUUUUGUCUUACUUCAGUUAUAGUAACAUUUUCCAUAAAUUAAGUAUAUGUACAUGAAGAUUAUUCAGUCCUAUAGGGCACGGUCACCAUUUUAACUACUGCUAAGGUGUUAUUACAUGAGGUAAUGCCCCUUUCGCCAACAACAAAUUUGCUUGGACACAAUGUCAAAUGAAAUUACAUUAACAGAACAAUGAAAAUAUUUGAAAACUUCAAAAACAGUUUGUCUUCUCUUUGUCACGCAUGCUUGGUAAGGGGCUUAAUAUGUAACAAAACUAAUAGUUGUUUACACACUAUAUAUGCUGUUAUAUAAUAAUGUUUUUCUGCAAGAUGGCGACCAAUUAAUUAAAUAUGUGGAAAUGCAAUACUGAGGAAUGAUUUAUGCAAUAAGAUGUUAAAAGACAUCUGCAACUGUUUUCAACCUCACUUCGAGAAGGGAAUUUUGCUACUUGAAAUAUUAGUCUUAUGGUUGCCAGUUGGAGUAGCAUUGUUUCUUGUGAUGGCCACUUUAGUGAUGGUGUAUAAUGCUGUAGACAAAUACUGUGAAAUAGUAGACAAUUUUUUAGGAUAUGGAAUUUGAAUGAUGCAGGAACAGGUGCAUGCUGCUACUAAAGACUAGCAUUGUUCAACAUGUAGCAAUGUGUGCUGUAGGAUGAGGUAUGUACACGAUAUAAAAAGAUGUAUUUUUAGUUAGUUGAAAAUAUGUUGUCGAUAAAAUUAUUAAAAUGUUUAGAACUCUAGAAUUAGUACAGACCUACCUACAUAUACUAGAGUUUUGUGAUAUACAGGUUGUGGGAAUCUGCACAACCCUCAUAAGCCCUAGUAUGGAUCAAAUGUUCUGAUUCAUUAGUAUCUGGAUUACAGUAUACUACAUAUAUUUGGCACAUCAAUUAUGGGGAACACCAAGUUGUUAUAUAAUAAAAUAUACUGUUUACAGUAGUUCAUAUAAUGGUUUUGUUUAAAAAAAAAAUACGAGAGGUAUCAAAUAAAGAUGUUGGAUAUAAAAAUGUUCAGUAAGUUUGUGGUUCGAUAAAUCUGAUUUUCUCAGUAUUGUUGUAUACCACACCACUGGGGUAGGCUACCAUCUGGGAACAUUAGAUUUUUUUUUGGGUGGUCCUGUAUACUACCACAAUUUUCUAUAAAAUUUGGGACACAUGAAAUCAAUAGAACAUUCACAAGAAAGAAAAACAAUUUAUCAACUUAAAAUUAAAAUAUAAAAACUUGUUCAGUGUACAUACCCAGUGGUGAGAAACAUACAGCUGGCAGCUCAUCUGAAAUCCUACAUCAGCAGAACAUUUACAGCAGAGGUUUACAAUCUCAGCACUGAACAGGAAAUAUUGGUUUUGAGCAAAUACACAAAGGGCAUCUAUAUCCAUUCUUUCAAGUCCUUUUGUUACAAUGGGAGACCACCAUGUUAAUCCUAUGAAAGAACCUUCCAACAACUAAAUGCAGUUUGCCAUGUCAAGUUGUGAUAAUCACCUGAAUGUGCAGGUGUGAGGGGCAACAACUUCCCAGAUAAAUGUUUGAAAAUUGGGAGUCCAUCAUGCUGUAUACACUUUUGUAAAAGUAAUUUUUCUUUUUAAAACUUUUGAGGCAUAGUUCAGAUGCUCUACUUUUACAUGAAAACUGCUUUUCCAGGGGGUUGUUGUUAUUAUUAUUAUUAUUAUUAUUAUUAUUAUUAUUAUUAUUACUACUACUACUACUAUUGUUUUUACAUUUAUUAUUAUUAUUAUUAUUAUCAGUAAUAUUACUACUACUACUACUACUACUACUACUUUUUAUUGGGUUAAAUGAAUUUCUCAAGCAUGCUAUAGCCUUGGAAGGUCAAACUUUGCAUGACUAACUUUUACACAAGUAUUACAGUAAAUCCAGGCACCCAAAACCUAUAGUAUAAUACCUGCCAUUUUCCUUUGAUUGCUUCUGUCUUAGUCUGUAAUCCUAAUGAAAUGCAUAACAGAACAAUAUACUAGCAAAAAAUUAGCAUUACAUAUUGUUAGUGCAAAAAAAAAAAAAAAUGUCCUCCUCAGUAAGUAAAGUCACAGAAAUCUUUAGCUGACAAUGUGAUUAGACCCCACCAUGAAAGAUGUCUAUGAUGAGGAUAAAAUGCCAGCUCAGACACCUUCAAACUGGUUGGAAAAGUCUAACCUAACAUGUUAGAUAGCUCAUGUAUGUGAAACCUAGACAUGAAAGGCCAAACAGUGUUAAAGUUGAAAUUUUAAACAUAUCUACAAAAUUUGAAAUCAUAUUUCCUGCUUCAUCGUGGCCACCAUCUAGUGACACUAAUGUAGUUCUCAGGAUGUCAUUAUUCCCUUGUUCUUUAUUAGAAGUUUUUAGUUUUGUUAUGUACGUUCCUUUGGCAGUUACGACAACUAUUAAAUUGAAUACUAAAAUAAUUCUGAUUUUAAUAUAAUUUUGGGUCUAAUUUCCCUCACGAUGUUAGACAAAGCAGCAGACCACCCAUUUUAAAUUUUAACAUGGCAGUGACAGAACCUACAGAAAACCGCUGCCACAAGUUUUCAAUUGUUUCUCAGGGCAGUCCUUUCACACCACACUGACACUUCCAUUGAAAGCAAGAAUGGAAACGAUGAUAUAUGGCUACUUGUAUUGACACUUUGAAAGUUAAAUUUUGUGACAGCUUGGCUGACUGAUUUCUAGGCAUUAAAGUUAAUUUUUAAUUAGUAGAACCUUUUGAACGUAAGUUUUGCUUCUUCUAUUACCAUAUUUGUCCAUUGUCACUGUACUUCAACGAGUACAAGUAUAAAUAUCGUCUGUUGCUGUUGUUGCAUGAUUGUUGAUUCUGAAAGGUUUAAAUAAUAGUAAUGGAAGAAAUAAGCUGAAUAGUAAUAAGAAUCCUCCAAUAUUAAGAUGAAUCCAGUAUUUAUUACUUUAGUAAUUUAUUUGUACAGAUAAAGAUUAUUUAUCCAUUAAGGAGGUCUGGCAUGGCAUACAGCAUUGGUGAUAUGAGGUGCUCAGGGGAGAUAAAAAAUGUGAAGGUGUUAUUAGAGGAUAUGGUGGUGUUAGUUGGCACAAUUUUUAUCAGAAUCUAUUAAAAACAAUGUUAUUUUGAUUAUUCAUAGGAAAUCAGAAAUUGUAAUGUUUUGAAUAUUUCAAAAUAAACUAGAUUAAUAAU